AUGAAUGAAACUUGCUCCAGAAUUAAUGAUAUCCUUGAUUCCUACUACCUCACAGCCAUGUACAGCAUUGAGUUUCUUUUAGGAUUGAUGGGGAACAUCGUUGUGAUAAGUGGUUAUAUCUUCUGCCUGAAGAAUUGGAAAUGCAGCAACAUUUACCUCUUCAAUCUUUCCAUCUCCGAUCUGACCUUCAUCUGUACGCUCCCAAUGUUCGUGGUCUAUUAUGCGAAGGGCAAACAUUGGGUGUUUGGCGGUUUUCUCUGCAAGAUGAACAGGUACAUUCUCUACACCAACAUGUACCUGAGCAUGCUGUUCCUGACUUGUAUUAGUAUUGACCGAUACUUGCUAGUCAGCAACCCAUUGAGGGUGCAUGUGUUUCAAAGGAAGAAGGUAGCCAUCUGCAUCUGUAUCGCCCUAUGGAUCUUUGUCACCUUGGAAAUAAUCCCCAUCUUAACCUUCAUCAGUUCCGACGAUGUGACAACUCAUGACAACAGCACCAUUAUUAAGUGCGUCGACUACGCAAGUGCUGGGAACCCAGUCCACAAUCUAAUUUACAACGUGUGCCUCACCACUUUUGGGUUUGUGCUUCCAAUGUGUGUCAUGGGAGUUUUCUGUGUGAAAACAGCUCGCAAGUUGAAGAAAUUAAGCCAAGAAAGAACUUGUAGUGUUUCUCUUGAAAAGCCACUCACUCUGGUCAUAUUGGCCAUUAUCAUUUUCUCUAUAUUAUUUACCCCUUAUCACAUCAUGAGAAAUGCUCGCCUGGUGUCAAGAUUGGAAAAUAUCAACAUUUCAAAGGGUACAAUUGAGUGCAUAAAGGCUGCUUAUGCUGUGUCAAGGCCUGUGGCUUUUCUCAGUAUCGUCACCAAUCCCAUUUUCUACUUUUUUUCUGGGGACAGAUUCAGGGAAAAAAUUGCAAACAGCUUGAAGUGCCAUUGA